UGAUGACGACGGGACUCCACAGUGGGACGGGCCGACUCUGCAAAUGGCUACGAGGUGCAAUUUGUCGAUUUGUUCGUCGUUAAUCUCCACUCGUGCGGCUCGGAAGAAAGCAAAUUUGCAGGCUGCCAUCAGGCUUCAAUGUCAUAACUGAGUGACGGUGGUGACACAAGAUUAUCUAAAACAAACAUCACCUCAUUGGCUUCAGGAUUUUGACUAAAGUCAGCGAGCGAACAAGCCGUACAAGACAGACAGUACUGCACCCACACUCCUUCACCGGGGCUAUGGAGGAGGAGGGGGAGCAGAGUCUGGAGUGCAUCCAGGCCAAUCACAUCUUCCCUCGGAAGCCCCCCGUCCUGGAGGAAGAAGAUCUUCAGGUGCCCUUUCCAGAGCUCCAUGGAGAAUUUACAAAGUUCGUGGGCCGGGCGGAGGAUGCCGUCAUCGCCAUGUCCCCCUACCGUCUGCACAUCAAGUUUAAAGAGUCGGUUGUUAAUGUUCCCCUUCAGUUGAUAGAAAGUGUAGAAUGUCGGGACAUGUUCCAGCUCCACAUCACCUGCAAAGACUGCAAGGUCAUCAGGUGCCAGUUCUCCACCUUUGAGCAGGGUCAGGAGUGGCUGAAGAGGCUGAGCGCUGCGGUCCGUCCUCCAUCUCACAUAGAAGAUCUCUUUUCUUUCGCCUUCCACGCGUGGUGUGUGGAGAAGGAACAGCACGGAGAUCUUUGCAGACCAGGUGAUCAUGUGACAUCACGUCUUCAUAAUGAGGUGGAGCGGAUGGGCUUCGACACUCAGAACGCCUGGAGAAUAUCCGAGAUCAACAAGAAUUACAAGAUGUGUUCCAGUUACCCUCAACUGCUGCUGGUGCCAGCCUGGAUUACAGAUACGGAGUUGGACAACGUGGGCACCUUCCGCUCCUGGAAGAGAAUCCCUGCUGUGGUUUACAGGCACCAGAGCACAGGGGCGGUGAUUGCUCGCUGCGGUCAGCCUGAGGUCAGCUGGUGGGGCUGGAGAAACGCAGAUGAUGAGCACCUGGUGCAGUCUAUCGCCAGAGCCUGUGCCGUGGACAGCAGCUCCUGUAAAGGCCUUUCCAACGGCUCGUACACCAACGGAGCUGACCUCUCGGAUGUUGACUUCGACUCGUCCAUGACUAACAGCUCAGAGGUGGAGUCACUGGCCAUCCAACCUCGUAAACUUCUGAUCCUGGAUGCCAGGUCGUACGCGGCAGCCGUGGCCAACAGAGCCAAAGGAGGAGGAUGUGAAUGUCCAGAGUACUACCCUAACUGUGAGGUGGUGUUCAUGGGCAUGGCCAACAUUCAUUCCAUCCGCAAGAGUUUCCAGUCUCUUCGCUUCCUCUGCACCCAGAUGCCCGAUCCUGCCAACUGGCUGUCUGCUCUGGAGAGCACAAAGUGGCUGCAGCAUCUCUCUCUUCUGCUCAAAGCGUCUCUUCUCGUCUUGAACGCAGUGGACCGCGACCACAGGCCCGUCCUGAUACACUGCUCGGACGGAUGGGACCGCACACCUCAGAUAGCGGCACUGGCCAAACUCCUGCUGGACCCGUACUACCGCACCAUUGAGGGUUUUCAGGUGCUGGUUGAGACCGAGUGGUUGGACUUCGGGCACAAGUUUGCCGACCGCUGCGGUCACGGAGAAAAUGCGGAGGACCUGAACGAACGCUGUCCUGUCUUCCUGCAGUGGUUAGACUGUGUUCACCAGCUCCAUAGACAGUUCCCAUGUUCCUUUGAGUUUAAUGAAGCCUUUCUGGUGAAGCUCGUGCAGCACACAUACUCGUGUCUGUUCGGGACGUUCCUGUGUAACAGCGGGAAGGAGCGCGAGGACGGACACAUCCAGGAAAGAACCUGCUCUGUGUGGUCUCUCCUCAGACCUGCCAACCGCUCCUUCAGAAACAUGCUCUACUCCUCCCAUUCUGAGAACGUUCUCCAUCCCGUGUGUCACGUGCGUAAUCUCAUGUUAUGGACAGCUGUUUACCUCCCCAGUUCUUCACCCACAACCGCUUCAGAUGACUCCUGUGCCCCCUACCCUGCACCUGGUGCCAACCCUGAGGACCAGCCCCUGGGCAGGCGUCCGAAGACACGCUCAUUCGAUAACUUGCCCAGCGCUUGUGAAGUUGGAAACCCACUGACCUCAAAUCGACGUUCCAGCGAUCCCAGUUUAAAUGACAAGUGGCAGGACCAUCGCAGGUCUCUGGAACUCAACAUUGGGACGGGGGCUGACAAUGCUGUAUCUCCAGACCCAGAGGGGAGGGUCAACGGUCAAACGGGGAUGGGAAUUAUAGGAACAAUACCCAACGGGGGCACAGGGGAUGUCAGUUUGCCAAUGAUGGGGGGUGUUGAUGAGGCGGAGCUAUCCCUGACAGUAGGUGUGGCUGUGGGUCAGAUGGAGAACAUUCUGCAGGAAGCAACGAAAGAAGACUCCGCACCGGAUAAUCGCAGAGAUGCUAAGACAGAUCACACUAAUGAUACCUCCAGUUUAAAGUGUGCUAACGGCCAGAUGAACGAUAUCGCACAUUCAGAUGUAAAGAGCAACAGUGGUGGUAUUGUUCAGACACAGCUAACCGCUAACAGUCAAGCUGAAAGCAUCAGAGAGCGCAGCAUCAAUGGACAUUGUUCAGAGGACGGAAGUUCUGAAGCGUCCUCUGCUCUCAGUCAGGAUACUUCAGGAAGCCAAGACUCGGAGGAACUAGCCGAGGAAGCCCUAGAGGAUCAUAACCUCUCUUGUAACACAUCCAAUUUACCUCCCAAUGGCCUUAGGACUCUCAGUAAUGGCUUCGGGGUGGAGAAACAGGCAUCUCCCACCGACCCGGAGGUCAGAUCUGAGGCUCUUGAGCAAGCUGAGAAACGCCUUUCUUUGUUGGAAAGCUCCACAGAGACGCUUACGGAAGACUUAGGAGUCCGGCCGCAGAGUCUGGGACCCUUGACCUUUCCACACCCACUUAAAACCUCCACAGAAUCGCCGUGCCUCAGACAAGGUCUUGAUGCAGAAACUGACCCACAAGGCACUGCCAGGACUUUAAACAACAUCCCCAAACGGCCGUCUCUUAGUGCCUUUCCACCCUCUGACCUCCAUAAUCCCGUCUGUAAUGGAGGCUCACCGGACCCGGAGCCCUCCACUCCACAGUGGGCACGCACAAACGGGGAGCGGGCCACGCUUAGCCGACAGGUAUCGCUCGCCAGCUGUGGCUCGCUGACUCUCCCUGCUCGGGGCGUUUGCUCCCACCAUCGCUGCCUGCACUUGGGAUUUCUGGGACGGCCGAGCUUCAGCCCUCCUGAACCACCCUCGGCCCGGAGCCAUCUAGAUGACGAUGGGUUGACCCUGCAUACGGAUGCCGUUCAACAGCGGCUGAGGCAGAUCGAAGCGGGUCACCAGUUGGAGGUGGAAGCCCUGAAGAGGCAGGUACAAGAGCUCUGGAGCCGUCUGGAGAGCCAUCAGGCUGCUGGGAUGCUGCGACUCAAUGGAGACAUGGGAGAUGAAGUGACCUCAAUCACAGACUCUGAUUUUAACUUGGAGCCCAGCUGUCUCUCCCGCUGCAGUACCGAACUCUUUUCUGAGGCCAGCUGGGAGCAGGUGGACAAGCAGGACACUGAGGUGACCCGCUGGUACCCGGACCAUCUGGCAGCGCAGUGCUACGGCUGUGAGAGAGGGUUCUGGCUGGCCACUAGAAAGCACCACUGCCGAGGCAAGGAGCAUAUGGAAGAGGUUUGGAAUUGUGGGAAUGUGUUCUGUGCCAGCUGUUGCGAUCAGAAGAUCCCUGUGCCGAGCCAGCAGUUGUUUGAACCCAGCCGCGUGUGCAAGUUGUGUUUCAGCAACCUGCUGGUCCCGGUGCCGUCUCUGGAGAUAGAGCUGGAGAAACCCAUCACGGCCAGCUCCAACUGAUCUCAGACCAGAACCAGGCCAAGCCACCUGGACACGUACAACUGCUGAGGACCCGAGGGACGAGUCCAAGAAGGUUUUGUGGGGUAGCCGCCGUCUUGUGUUUUCCCACCCGAAAGGGAAUCGUGUAUAUACGGGAGCGUACAGGAAGUUGUCCGGGAGGAGGAUGCUUAGCACUUUCAGUUAGCGUUUGCGGAAGAGACUGCUGAACGUAUUUUGCGAUUCUAGACCGCAUUGAAAGCUUAUCUUUUAAGACGAACCAUGCUGCAUAUAGAGAAGGUUUUCUUCACGGCCAGCGGACGCUGCGACAUUCGCUUGUUUUCUUUGUCUUUUCUUUUUUGAAUAGGAUUUCCUGUGUCAUCAUCUCUCAAAGAUUACAUUUCAGCUGCGUUCUUGGCAAUGCUGCUUGGUGAAAGGUGCUUCUGGGACACGGCCGAAACGUGCUAGAUUUGAUUGAGUUCUCGUCUUUAUCUUUCGAGUCGCAACAAUAUCUGUUUUCUCUGGUUUUUCUCUCUUUGAAGACGCCUUUUCUUUUCUUCUCUUCUUUCUCUUUUUAUUGUCAGCACAGGUUAGCAGUCGACACAUUCUGGGCUUUUCCCGCACACAUUUCCUGAUAAAUUACAGACUGUUAGAAACUCAAGGAUGUGCUCGAAGACAGGAAAUGAUGUCCGCAUGGGCCGCUAGAGGGCGCUCUUGGCUUUCUGAUCGGAUCUGUGGACUUCUCCCGAUUCUGGGACAUUCUCACUAAUGCAUUUUUUGUAACAUAAAUGCGAGACAAAUGAGAUAAUAUAUUAGAACGAUAAAAGAACGAGACGUAGAGCAUUUAAUAUGAGAAAUUGUAUAGAAUUCCUGAAUAGUGGCUCACUAAAUUAGUCACCAAAUAUAAGCUCUGUUUGCUUCCCCCAGUUGUAGUCAUUUGGGGUUUUUCUUUUUAAUGUAUUUUUUUUCUUCUAGCAAGCGCUUAAAAAGAUGAACCUAAAUACUUAUUUUGGAGAGGGAUUUUCUUUGAAAUGCCCUGGAAGUUUCAUCCCUUAUUUAUUGUCACCUUUUUCUAUGUUCAGUCUUGAUACACACACACAGGAGAAUCAGUGUUGAUUGGUGGAUGUGUGGUAGCUGCACUGAAUAUAGAGAUCCCAAAAAACACAAACAAUCACACCGUGUCUACACGGGACGCGACCGGCGUGAUGCGACACGACAGAAGACAUUAGAAACGCAUUAGAACCCAUAGAAUUUUAAGUUUUGCCCACACUGGAUGCGGUGCAGUGCGCGUCCGGUGCAGACACGGUGUUACACACACACACACACACACACACUGGAAGGAAAUUUGAAGGAGAGACGCACAAAUCGCAGUCAGAAUAUUGUUUAUUUCCCCUUCCUGUUUUAUUUGAUUUUGUUGCUUAAUUUUGACCCCCAACCAACAGAUGUGGAAUGAAUAGAAAUAAACAUUCUGUCAUUGUUUACUUGCGUUCACGUCAAUGAAGUCUUGUAUGGAGGACAUCCAGACCAUGUCAGGGCAAAUCAACACCUUAGAAGCAUCAUAAUAAUAGUGCACACAGCUUUCGAAGACUUUGUCAGAUGGUCUUCAGGUACUUUACCUGUUUCUUUACAGCAUGAAACUCUGACUUUUCAUAAUAUGACAAGCCCUGUAAAGAGUCUGAUCGACACGAGCAAUAGUAAAUAAUGACAAAGUUGUGAAUUCAUUCUCGAGCCGUAAGCUUUACUUGCUGUCAGACAUAACGGAGUGAAAUUCCUGCAGGUUUGGAUUUGUUGAUGGGCGUUAAUUUUCCAGACUGAUCACAUCUGCACCUCUCUUCAGAAGUCAGUGGAAGAGUGUUGUGGAGUCGGUGUACACCCUGGAACUGCUUCUGCAUUAACGCCAAUCCAUCAAUGUGAAAAUCUUUGUUUUGUUUUUCCAGAAAGAGAAAUCCAUGGUUUAUAUUUUGCACAUUGGUAACCAUCAGAAAUAGACACUGUUGCAGACUUCCAUAAGAAUAAAAAGUGGAAUUGCAAAUGAACCGUCUCCUUGGCUUUUUCCAGAAGUGUGUGUGUGUAAAUAUCUGCUCAACGCCGCUGUCCUGGAAGUUCUUUAGUGGAUUCAAAGACACACACUUUGCUACUUCCGAGUUGAAUUUAUUUGAUGUUUUGAAAUUGUUUGGCGUUUUCUAACAAAAUUGAUCAACUUUAAAGUGUUCAAUCAAUUUAGUCCAUUUGACCACAUGAGCUUUACCAUUCCAUUGAAUUUUAAACUUAAGUUGUAAAAUGUUGUGUAAUGUAAAUUAAAUGUGUUCAGUCAACAAUCUGUUUGGGUUGGGACUACAUGAGCUGUAUUGAAACUGAUCAAAGGUUUUUCACUUCCCAUCAUGCUUUGCGUUGGACUGGAUAGAGACACAAAAUGUAAACAGAAGUGUUCUUUUAUGCAUUUUUAAGAGAUGGACACUGAAAAAAAUAUUUUUGCUACUUUUCCAAUUUACUUAACUUACUAAGUUAAAUCAUCACAACUUUGGGCAAAUUUGGUCACAACAUAAUUUUUAUGUUUAAUCGUAUAACUUACAACAUAAAGGAGUUGUGCUGUGUUAAUAUAAGAUUGUUACAAUUGGGCAGAAGACUUAUAUUUCCCAGCAUGCAUUGCGUAUGACUGCAUUUUGAGAGUUAUUUUCUUACAUGUGUUCAUUUAUCUUUAGAUUUUGAAGAGUUAGUUAUAUUUUUGAGUUUUGUGGUUAUCAUUGUUCUGAAAAGCGUUGACUCUGGUUAGGUAGUGGUAGGUUACAUUUUUAAAUGUGAAUUUCUGUUGAGUUCUCUUAACUCAAUAUCUUCUUAUUGAAGACAAAUGAAAGUUUUGCCUGAAUAUUGUCCAAAAUCUACAAAAUUAAAAUAAUUGUUCUUGAAGGCCUUCAUUGAAUAAACGGAUCUAUAA